AUGGACGAUGAUUAUGUCGCCCAAGUCCUUGCCAAUGAGGCAAGAGACAGUUCCCAGAAAUACUCAACUGAGGGGCUUGGAGCAUAUUUGCCUCGCAAAACAACGGGGAAUGCUCCCAAGCCAAAUACUCGGUUCCUUCGGCACUUGAUUAAGGAGACAGACAGCCACAACACAGCUCUCAAGCACAAGGAGGAGAGAGAGGCGAGAGAGCGCAUGCGCCAGCUGAAGGACCAGUCAACAUCAACCUCAACAUCCACGUCCCAUUCGUCCAGAAACCAUGAUCGACCGUCCCGGGUUCGAGAUUCGGAGAGAGAUAGUAGACAUGACCGGAGUGACCGUGACCGUGAACAUCGGCGGAGGAAGAGAAGUCGUUCUACCUCUAGUGGGCGACAUUCAUCCCGAAGGCAUCGGUGCAGCACUGAGGGCUCAGACCGUGCGAGGAGAGAACAUCGAGAUCGGAAGACAGGACACUCGGCACGCCGUCGCCAUGAGACUUCUCGGUCAGAUCGUCGAGCUUACGAGAGAUCAUACUCAAGAUCGCCAUCGUCCUCUCGCAGUCGUUCCCCUCGUCGGGACCACGCCUCUAGGCAACAUCUCAGAUCGAAACAUGACCAUCGCGUCAGAUCUCCUACUACUUCUCCGCAGCCCCGCCUUCAGAAGAAUACACGAAGCCAAAAGCGAGAGUCCAAACAUGAGGAAAAGGGCCCGUCGCGCACACCUCGGUCCUCAACUAGACAGGUUCCUCGAACUUUUGAGCUCAAUUCACCGUCUCUUUCGAAGAAUAAUACGACCAUACCUCGCCAAGAUUCGGGAGAAGAUUCUGACCCGCUUGAAGACCUUGUCGGGCCGUUACCUCCCCGAGCCGAUAGCAAGGAUGCUGCGCCUGUUCGGUCGCGGGGCCGCGGGGCUUACAAACCUAAUGCGAGCAAUAUUGAUGCCCAUUUUGCGCCGGAUUAUAACCCUGCCCUCGACGUUCAGCUGGAAAAUGACAGUCUUUCUCUGACAGAAACUUCUCGGCGUCCUGUGGCGGGUCUCAUGACCGAGGAAGAUGACUGGGACAUGGCUCUCGAAGCUCUACGUGACCGAGCCCGCUGGAGACAGAAAGGAGAAGAUCGACUCCGGGCGGCCGGAAUGAACGAGGACACGAUUGACCGGUGGAAGAGUAAUGCUGCUUUUACUGGAAUGGAUGCGGAAGGCCGUGUUGAAGAUGUGCGGUGGUCGAAGAAAGGCGAAGGGCGAGAGUGGGAUCGUGGGAAAGUCAUGGACGACGAAGGACAUAUUGAUGUCCGGGCCACCUGGUAG